AUGGGCUCCGUGAGCGACGACGACAUCAUUCGCAAGCGGCUGCUCAUCGACGGCGACGGCGCGGGCGACGACCGCAGGCUCAACGUGCUGGUCAGGAGCUUCGUGCGGUGGUGCGCGGGGCCGCAGGACGAGGCGCACGGCCAGUACCAGCGGCUGCUGGGCACGCUGGCGCAGUGCGAGUUCUCCAUGGGCAAAGCCCUGCUGGUGCACGGCAUGAACCGCCGGGAGAGGGACAACUACGACAGGAUUUACCGAGAGAUCCAGGAGAACAUUGCCGGGGCGCACGAGAGCAUCGUGGCGUGCAAGAAGCGCAUCGCGGAGGCCAGGCAGAUCCGCAAGCACCGGCAGGAGUACGACGCCCUGGCCAGGGCCAUCGAGCAGCACCCCGAGCGGCAGGACACGCUGCGCAGGCUCGAGGCCCUGGGCAGGGAGCUGGAGCAGCUCUCGCACGUCCGGGGCAGCGUGGAGGAGAAGCUGCAGCUGAGGCGCAAGCAGUUCCACGCUCUGCUGAGCAACAUCUACGAACUGCAGCAGACGCUGGAAAACGACGAGAAGCUCCCGGAGGGGGAGGCGCGCAGGCCGAGCGGCGAGGGAGCCCCGAAGGGCUGA